UCUCAAGGCCAUCGCUUGAGGUCAUUAUGCAGGUAAAUGCUUCUGUUUGCGUCACAAGCCACAGCAAGCAAGUCAGCUUUAAACCCAUUAACCGUGGGUGUCACAGGGAGACCUAAAGCACGGCUAUCCACACCAAGGAUGAAGUUAUUCACAUUCUUGACACUGCCGAUGAUGCAUGUCUUAUGGGUUUCUUAUACUUUGUUUCAAGAUGUGGAAGGCAACAUAAUGGCAAGCAAUGUUACAAACUCCAGUAUAAAAGACGAACAAGCGAUUAGGGCAAUACUCCAAAUGCUGACAAACCCACACACUCCAACAAGCGUUCUUUCAAACCGCUUCCAUUGGGUGAGACCAGCUCACCUUCGCUUCGACCCCGACAAGAAACAGUUACGGAAUUUGGACACGGGGAAAGCAGUGGACUUGGGGAAUACCACGGUGAUCGGGAAGAAGGAUCAGUUCGUGUGGUAUAAAAAGGACCAUCGCAAGGCAGUUGUUGAACUCAUUGGGAAGUUGGAAAGUCAGUUUGAUGAUUUCCAACACGUCAAAAUACCUUCCAUUGCCCAAGUGUUGCCAGAACUUUUCUUUCCUGAAGUUGUCUUAAAUUCAAAACAAGAAGACAAUAAUAAACAGUGGAAAGAGCGUCCUCUCAAGCGAACACGCAGACAGGUGUUUCCACAUUUCCCUCAUUUGUCGCCUCAGUUAUUCCCCGGGGCGUUUCCUCAACCCUUUUUCAGCGCAGGAGAAGCACCGAAUCCUGAACAACAGAUCUGGUCUCAACCUGUACAUCAACAGCUGAAAAUAACACAUCGCCACCCACUCUUCGUCGAAUGGCACCUUGGCGAGCACAGAACCAACGUCGCGUCCGAGCAUGAGCUGGCCUACUGGAGAGAGGACUUCUUGCUCAAUGGGCACCACUGGCACUGGCACCUCGUCCACCAACUCGGGCGCCCCUCGGUCAGGAGGCACAGGAAGGGCGAGCAGUUUUAUUACAUGCACCGGAAUAUGGUGGUGAGAUACAAUUGGGAACGACUAAGUCUUGGUAUGGAUUUAGUUGAAGCCUACGAGGAUCUCAGAACACCCAUUCGAGAAGGAUACUCCCCAAGGUUCAAUGGAGGAACAGGGGAGAAAUGGGGAGCUAGAGAGCCCAACACGCAGCCGCAGAUGACCUUCUGCAUCCUUUCGCAUCACUCACCAUCACCUCUAACACCACUAGCAUCACUCACCAUCACCUCUAACACCACCCUCUUCCCCCCGUCUUCCCGACAGCGAGACGGGAUCGAGAUCGCAAUGCGCGACGUAGACAUCCCGAUGGGCGGCCGACUGGGCAUCGACAUCCUAGGCGAUGCCAUGGAAUCCGACUGGCUCACGAGCGACAACUACCGGUUCUAUGGCGACUACCACAACUUCGGCCAUUACAUAAUCAGCGCUGCGCAUGAUCCGGAAGGGUUAUUAAACGAACCGCUGGGUAUAAUGUCGGAGCCUGUGACGGCAAUCCGGGAUCCCAUUUUCUUCCGAUGGCACAAACAUAUCGACGACUUGUUUGAAACGUAUAAAGUCUCCCAGAGGCCUUAUUCGAAGUUCGAGCUUUCCCUCCCUGGCGUGGAACUCGUCAACGCAGGCCUGGUGGAUUCGUCUUCAGAACCCUACGUCCUGCACACCUUCUUCAGAACCUCUGUGUACAAUGCGCGUUUCGGCGUAGACUUUAUGAAAGAGGAGAGUGAUACUGACUACACGCCUGUUGUUGUGAGAAUAAGGCACCUUGACCAUCGACCUUUCUCGUAUUUGUUUCAGAUCCACAACCAACUACCAACGAGGAAAACCGUUGUGGUGCGCAUCUUCAUGGCUCCCAAAGAGGACAAUUGGGGUCAACCUAUGACCUUUUCCCAGCAGCGUCGCCAAUGGGGAGAGAUGGAUGUGUUUAGUGUCGACCUUGUCCCCGGUCAUAACUCGGUCACAAGAUUGUCACGGCAGAGCAGUAUCUUGGGUCGAGAAAGGUUUGCCAAGAGAGGUCAGCCCGGAAGCGACUUCUUCGACUACUUCGGCUGUGGUUGGCCUCCUCACCUGCUGUUACCAAGAGGAACGAGGUCUGGUAUGAAAUUCCAGGUCUUUAUGAUGCUUACGGACGCCGACCAAGACCUGAUCAGCACCAGCCGUGUCCCCAGGAACUCCUUCUGCGUGCCCCCUCAGGAGAACUUCCAAGACAGAAGGCCGAUGGGCUUUCCCUUAGACCGCACAAUGAAGCUGGGCAAUUCCUUACCCAUCGAGGAAUUGUUCGAGGACUACCCCAAUGUCCUUGUCGUCGAGGUCGAAGUGAGGCACGUCGAGUGAACGCUGAAGGAACGUCGUGGG